AUGAUCUACUGCAUAUUAAGAGAAUCUCAAAGCCAGAUCGAGUGGAAGCAAUCAACUACACAUGCUUAGUUACAAACUCUAUAUUGCAUGAUUUUGGUGAGAUCCAUAUUCUACUCCAAAGAGUCUAGAUUUACAUCACACCCUUCUCCAGAGAUAUUGCAUCAUCUUGGUGAAGUCUAUACUCUACUCCGAAGAGUAUAGAUUUACAUUAAUUAUUCUCAAGCAGUCGGUGGAAUUUGCUAUCUGACAUUGAAGAAGCUAUAUAUCUCAACUAGGCACUUGCAAAUGGACUCAGUCAUUAGUUGUGUGAAGGAUUCAGUCAUUAGUUGUGUCAAGUAUCAGAUCUGUCACGAGGAUUAUGUACGCAACUUCGAAGCAAAGCGAAAAAGGCUAGAGGACCAGCUAAAAGACGUUGAGGCAGAAUUAGAGACACAACUGCAGUCGCAGCCUAGAAAGAAGGCAAGGUAUGAUGUCAAUGCUUGGGUUGUGGAAGCACGCAAAGAAACUACUGUAAAGGUUGAAGAUCUGAAUUACAAAGGGCGCUGUUGCACAUUUAUUUCCUCAUCAAGAAAGCUGGAUGAAAGGACUGAAGAAUUGCAGCGACUACUUAAGAAAGGAAAAGAAUUCACUAAUGUUGGUGUGAGUUUGGUCAUAAAUGAUCACUCAAAAAAAGGAGUUCCAAUGCCUGCUGAAAAAUGCAUUGCACGGGAUGAGGUACAAGAAGAAAUUCUGCAACUAUUAAGGGGAGACAAGGUUACAAGAAUUGCAGUUUGUGGAAUGGGUGGUGUGGGCAAGACAACAAUCAUGAAGCAAGUCCACAACCAACUAUUAAAAGAACCCACAAUUAAGAAAGUUAUUUGGGUAAAGGUAUCCAGAGACUUUGAUAUUGGUCUCCAACAAAAAAAGCAAUUUGAUAUUCUCAAGUUUCAGAAGAGCAUUGCAGGACACUUGGGAUUAAACCUGAAGAAUGAGGAUGAAGAUGCAACUAAGCUUGCAGGAUGGAUAUCACAAAGCUUGCAACAGGGCAGUUAUGUUUUAAUUCUGGAUGAUGUGUGGGAGUCUUUUUCUCUAGAAGAUGUUGGAUUCCUUGAUCCAAAUGGAAAUGAUGCUUGCAAGAUGGUGCUCACAACACGGUCACAAGAGGUUGCUGGUGGAAUGUUGUGUAAGGAGAUUUAUGUGAAUCCUCUUCCAGAUGAUGCAGCAUUAGCAUUAUUCUUGGACAAAGUUGGAAGUGAGGUGGUGUCCUAUUCCAGAUACAAAAGUGAUAUAGAACCCUUUUUGAAUCAGAUUUUGAAGAAAUGUAAAGGUGUACCCCUUGCUAUUGGGGUGGUGGCAACGACCAUGAGAGGAAAAUUCAAUUGUUACUCAUGGGAGAUUGCAGCUACAGAAUUGAGCAAGUAUGAAGAAAUUGUUGAUUGUUUGAAAUUCAGUUAUAACCACUUAGAUGAACAACACCAGAAGUGUUUCUCAUACUGUGCAUUGUAUGCUGAGGAUGAUGAAAUCGAAAAAGAGGAGUUGAUUGAGUUUUGGAUUGAGGAGGGAUUUAUAAUAGAUGAAAGGGGGUCUCGGCACUUAAUGAUUUGUGAGGGCCAUUCUAUUAUUCAGAAGUUGAUAGACAAUUGCAUGUUGGAAUUGGUUAAAAAUAAAAACCAAUUAUAUCGGAUGAGACCGGAUGCAGCGGGUGAAAUCAAAAAGAAAGAAGAUUGGGUGAGUAUGCAUGAUCUUCUCCGAGAAAUGGCAUUGAAGAUUAUUCAUCCUCAAUUCAUGGUGAAAGCUGGCAUGGCCUUGGAAGAGCUACCAGAGGAGGUUGAAGGGAGAAAAAAUCUUUUGAAGGUUUCUCUAAUGAAGAAUCAAAUAAGCGAAUUUCCUUCAAGUAUGUUGUCUCCCAAGUGUCCAAUGCUCACAACCUUGUUGUUGUCCAAAAACAAUAUUACAACAAUUCCAGAAGCCUUUUUUGAUCAUAUGCCUGGGCUGAAGAUCCUUGAUCUUUCUGGCAAUCACCAACUACAUAGGCUGCCGAGUUCUGUUUCUAAAUUAGAGAGCCUUACGACACUACUGUUGGAGAAUUGUGAGUCCUUAGAAGAGGUACCAUUUUUAUCCAACCUUGGAGGCUUAAAAAAGUUAAACCUUUAUGGGACAUCAAUUAAAGAACUACCCCAAGGUCUCAACAUGUUAACCAAUCUAAAAUAUCUUUGGCUUGAAGUUCUUGGUUUAUCGGCUCGUCCCACCAACUUUUUCUCUCUUAAAAGAAUUGAUGUGGAAUGGUGCCCUAAAUUAAAGAAAGUAUUUUGGACGGGGUUUAACCCCCUUCCAACCCUUGAGCGUCUAGAGCUUCGGUGCUUAAAGAAUCUGAAAUCCGUGUUUGAUGAAGAAGUUCUUGGUUUAUCGGCCCGUCCCACCAACUUUUUCUCUCUUAAAACAAUUGAUGUGGUAUGGUGCCCUAAAUUAAAGAAAAUAUUCUCAUCUGGAUUGUUGCUUGGCUACUUCCAAUCUCUAGAGACUAUUGAAGUUGAAGGCUGUUACCAAAUGGAGGAGCUGAUAUCAUCAUCAACCUAUGAAGAAAAAGAAGCCCUAGAAAAAAUCACUCUACCCAACUUACAAUGGUUAGAAUUGAGGGAUUUGCCCAAAUUGAAGAGCAUCUGUGGCAGUUCCAAUGUGUUGAUUUGUGAUUCCAUCAAGAGUCUGGAGAUUGAAAACUGUGAGAAGCUAAAGAGGAUUCCUCUGCAUCUUUCCUCGCUCGACAAUAGCCAGCCUCCUUCCCUCAAACAAAUUCAAAUAGACACAAAAGAACGUUGGGAAUCAUUGGAAUGGGACCAAUCCAAUGCAAAGGAUGCCUUUCUACCUUCUGUAAAUUUUCAUGAUGACAGCAACUCUGACUUUGAAGAAGAAGAAGAAGUGUCUGGUGACGACAACGAUGAUGAUGAUGAAGAAGAAGAAGAAGAAGAAAUGUCUGAUGACGACAACAAUGAUGAAGAAGAAGAAGAAGAAGAAAUGUCUGAUGAUGACAACAAUGAUGAUGAAGAAGAAGAAUCUCUUAGGAUGGGCUAAGAAGCAAAGGAAUGCAGGCUCUUUGGUGAUUGGGCGGUGCAAAUCAAAGUUGGAGCUGGACUCUGUUACCACAAGAAAGCUGGAGGAAAUCACAUUUGCUUCCACUUGUUAUUGUUGUUGGGUUUUCAAUUUAAUAUAGAUACGCUUGCUGUUUUUUGUUUUUCUUUUCUUCUUCUUCCCUUUUUUUUUUUUUUCUGUGCUGUGCGUUUAAAUAUGUUCAUAUUCUAAGUGGAACUGUUUGUUUCUUAUCUGUGUAAUUUUGUCUUUCAAACCUGUGUAAGGAUCUAUCUUAUUUCCUUUGGUAUUUCUUUUGCUGCAUCUGCAUCUUUGCUUUUCUUGUAAUAAGCAUUUUUUGCUGAA